UUGAAUGGGCGUUAUCAGUGGUUAUCAGCUCAUAUAUAAGGGCCAGCAGGGGCCUGCUGCGCCUACUGGUAGGCUCAGAAGGCUGUUAUCAUCCAUCCACAUGGUUAAUCACCGACAAAUACAAGAGAAGACUCCAGAUCCAAUACCAGAGGAAUCCAGCUCGCCGGUAAUCGGAGGUCUACUGAAUGACGCAGCAACGUUGCAAUAUUUCGCGCUUGAUAUUUUCAGCAUCAAUUUCCAGUGGAUUGAAGGACUUCUGUGGUUGAAGAUGGCCCAGAGAGAGAGAACUCCCAUUAAUGGGAAUCAAAAGGAAACCCUGAAAUCCUUUUUUACGAAUGGAAUGACACGAGUUGGGUCAAAAUUAAUUCCAAGUGCUGCAUCUGCUACUGGUUUGGACACCAGUGUCAUAGAAAACUGGAUCGGUAAUUACAAAAGAUCACAAAUUUCAAAACCUUUGUCUGAACCCCGUCAAUCAAAGGCAAAAGUUCACGUCAGAGAGCUGUCGCCUUACAAUCUUUUUUGUAGGGACAUAUUCAAAAACAAAGGCACAAUGAAUGACAUUAAGGGCAGGUGGGCCACAUUGGGGGAAGAUGAAAAGAAUAAAUACUUUCAAGAGGCAGCAGCACUGAGGGCACAUGGGCAGACACAGGACCUUAGCCCAGAGAUGAGGGAUGCCCGAAUUAAAAUGCACCUUAAGAAGCUGAAGUUAGAGGUGUCCAAGCUUGAGGAUUUGGGUGUGGAAACAGCCAUUCUAUCAUUUGACCGCCAAAAGUCCUCAUUAGAGGUGUUUGAACUGAGCAGCAAAGGAGCCACUGAUUUCCUUGAUACAACGGAGACAGUGAACAACUUCGCACUGCAUUUCAAAGCCAGCUCCUCACCCGCAACACCCAGUACCAGAGAACAUGUCAGUGUUCUGGUAGGAAAAGUGCAAGAUCUAUUCAACCAAAAAUAUAAGGAGGCCGGAGGUACUGGGAGGCUUCCCUACCAGUCCCUGGUAAAUCAGGGCAUGACCAUUAAUGUAGCUGGACUGCCCACAAGUCUUACCCUCAGGAAGCCUUCCUUUUAUGGAAGGAACCAAUUGGUCGAAAUUUUGAAAGCUGCAGAGGAGAUUUCAUUUGAAAUAAGUAAGUGACAUUACCAUUACCAGUGUCUUU